AUGACGAAUCUGGAAAAACAGGCCGAGGAAAUCUUAGCAUUACAAUCAAUAUUUGAAAGUAAAUUUCGUUUUCUUCAUGACAAUAUUCAAUAUGAAAUCUUAAUUGAUUUUGACCUACUUCAACCAUUUGUUAUUGAAUAUAAUAAUAAAAGAUCUGUAAUUGAUUAUUUACCGCCAUUUACUCUUAUUAUUCAUUAUCAUGAUGAAUAUCCUAGUUUCCAUCCUCCUUCAUUUGUUCUUUCAUGUUUUUAUUUUUCAAAAUCAUCUUUACAAAAUCUUUGUGAAAAACUUGAUAAUUAUUCGUUUAUAAAAGGUGAAGUUUGUGUUUACGAUUGGAUCGAAUUGAUUAAAAAUCAAAUUAGUAACAAACUUAUCCUUCAUACGAACCUCGAUGAUGAACAAACCAACGAUCCACGAGCAUUAAAUGGAUAUUUAAAUGAGAAUAUUGAUCAAAUUUAUCAAUAUUUAAUUAAUUAUAAUAAUGAACAAAAAGAGAAACAAUUUCGAAAUCAACUUCAAACAUGUUUAAUCUGUACAGAUAUUAUUUCAGGGAUAGAUUGUAUUCGUCUUCAUCGUUGUGAACAUUUUUAUUGUCGAUCAUGCUUAAAUAAUUAUGUUAAAAUAAAACUUGAUAAUGGAAGAUUUGGUGAAAAACUUGUUUGUCCCCAAAGUCAAUGUCAAAAAGCAUUACUUCCGAAUGAAAUGAAAUUAAUUAUUCAAGAUGAUCAGUUAUAUGAAAGAUAUGAAAGGUUAACAUUACAACAUGCUUUAGAAUUAAUGAAUGAUAUCAUUUGGUGUCCAAGGUCAGUAACAAAUAGAUUCAUAAUGCUAAUCGAACAUCUUCGAAGCAAGAUACACUCAUGUAAUCAUGAAACGCAUCUUAGACGCGUUUAA